AUGGAAGACAAAUCCAAUUCGUUUUCGAGCAACAAAGAGGAGAAAGUGGAUGGGAAUAAUGUGUUCCAGAGGCAAGACUCGAUCUUGAAGAACAGCAUGGGGAGCCAGAACAUGAAAGACCACGCCAACUCAGUGGGUGGCAAGGGGGACCGGGAAGAAGCCAUGGUCGGUUUUGACGAUAUAGACGCCGCGUCCAGGCAAUCUGGGUUUAUGCAGCGGCAAUUUGGAGCCAUGAUGCAGCCCGGGGUGAAUAAGUUCUCCUUGCGGAUGUUCGGGAGUCAGAAAGCCGUGGAGAAAGAGCAGGAGAGAGUGCAGACGGCUGGAUAUUGGAUCAUUCACCCCUAUAGUGAUUUUAGGUUCUACUGGGACUUGAUAAUGCUCAUCAUGAUGAUGGGGAAUCUAAUCAUCAUUCCUGUGGGAAUUACCUUCUUUUCCGAGCAAACCACCACCACCUGGCUCGUGUUCAACGUGGCCUCGGACACCAUCUUCCUGGUGGACCUCGUCAUGAACUUCCGAACGGGAAUUGUGAACGAGGAGAGCUCGGAGAUCAUCCUGGACCCAAAGGUCAUUAAGAUGAACUACCUGAAGAGUUGGUUCGUGGUAGACUUCCUGUCCUCCAUCCCGGUGGAUUAUAUCUUUCUAAUAGUGGAGAAAGGCUUCGAUUCAGAGGUCUACAAGACUGCCCGAGCGCUGCGUAUCGUGCGCUUCACCAAAAUCCUCAGCUUGCUCCGUCUUCUCAGGCUUUCGCGCCUCAUCAGAUACAUCCACCAGUGGGAGGAGAUUUUUCAUAUGACGUAUGACCUGGCGAGUGCUGUGGUAAGAAUCUUUAAUCUGAUUGGCAUGAUGUUGUUGCUGUGUCACUGGGAUGGAUGCCUGCAGUUCCUGGUGCCCCUCCUGCAAGACUUCCCUCCUGAUUGCUGGGUGUCCUUAAACGGUAUGGUUAACGACUCCUGGGGAAAGCAGUACUCUUACGCCCUAUUUAAGGCCAUGAGUCACAUGUUGUGUAUCGGGUACGGGGCCAGGGCUCCUGUCAGCAUGUCAGACCUUUGGAUCACCAUGCUCAGUAUGAUCGUGGGCGCCACCUGUUACGCCAUGUUCGUGGGCCACGCCACAGCCCUCAUCCAGUCUCUGGACUCGUCCCGACGACAGUACCAAGAGAAGUACAAGCAAGUGGAGCAGUACAUGUCCUUCCAUAAGCUGCCAGCUGACAUGCGGCAGAAAAUCCACGAUUACUACGAACAUCGCUACCAAGGCAAGAUCUUCGACGAGGACAGCAUCCUUAACGAGCUCAACGACCCACUCAAAGAGGAAAUUGUGAACUUCAACUGUCGUAAGUUGGUGGCCACUAUGCCCCUGUUUGCAAACGCAGACCCUAACUUUGUGACGGGAAUGCUGAGUAAACUAAAGUUUGAGGUCUUCCAGCCCAACGAUUACAUUAUCCGCGAGGGAACCGUGGGUAAAAAGAUGUACUUCAUACAGCAUGGAGUGGCCAGCGUCAUUACCAAAUUCAACAAAGAGCUGAAACUCACCGACGGAUCCUACUUUGGAGAGAUCUGCCUGCUGACGAAAGGUCGUCGUACAGCUAGCGUCCGCGCGGACACUUACUGCAGACUUUUCUCGCUGUCUGUGGACCAUUUCAACGAAGUCCUAGAGGAAUAUCCCAUGAUGCGCCGCGCUUUCGAAACCGUGGCUAUCGACCGCUUGGACCGCAUCGGGAAGAAGAACUCACUCCUGCUCCAGAAAUUUCAGAAGGACCUGAACGCCGGCGUCUUCAACACUCAGGAGAACGAGCUGCUGAAGCAGAUCAUCCGGCAGGACCGAGAGAUGGUGAUGAUGGUGGAUCGGAAGCAAUCGGUCACGGGGAUGAACUCCACGCCGAUGUCUGGAAACUCCAUCAUUAACUCUCCCGCUCAGCCACCGUUCACUACAGCGACUGCUAUUCUUGGGAACAACCAAUUACAGCAGCAGGCCGCCCCACUAAGCUACAGCACCUCCGCCACUAUAACCCCAUCAGGCCGCGUGCCGCCCUCACAGGGCGUGACGUUUUCGGCGCCAAGCGUUUCUUACGGUAACUUGAGCACCUCUUCCCAGAAUCCCCCUACGCCCUUGCAGCAGCCGGCAGGGGCGAUCAUGUCCCCUUGUUCGUUCACCACGUCCAUCUGCAGUCCCCCGGUGCAAACCCCUAUAGCUAGCCGAACAUUCCAGUACGGAUCGCCGACGGCCUCCCAACUGUCCCUUGUACAGCAAGCCUUACCCCAGCAGUCCUCUCCCGUCUCCAUACCACAACAGCCGGCUCAACAACAGCCGCAGCAAUCGCAAGGGGCGUCCCCUCAGAGGAGCGAUGUCCACAAGAGCACGCAGGCGCUCCAGUCAGGCAGCCUGAGCAAGGACAUACGCCACCUCUCUGCCUCACAGCCGUCCCUGCCCCACGAGGCCUCAUUGGCUGCCCGAGCACACCCCACAUCAGGCGAACCACUGGCUUCCAUUCAGCCACCCAUGGGAUCCACGGCAGGCGUCCAGGCCCCAGGCUCCGUGCUGCAAAGCGGCAUCCGCACCAACGUCCCACAGAGGGUUGCCCUUUUCCGGCAGAUGUCAUCGGGCGCCAUACCGCCCGUGCGCAUGGCGCCUUCUAGUGCCCAGCACAGGGAUUCCACGGGCUCCAGGAGAGAGUCGGCAGUCUUAAGCAGUACAGAGACGGAACAAGACAAGAUGCGGUUCGCAUCGAAUUUAUGAUCCCGUUUUACUUUUUUCACAUUCAUUUUUUUUAAAAGAGAUUUUGAUUGAUUUUUAUGGAGAGACAAAAAAAUGGGGGAAAAGACUUGUAUUUUUUUCUCCAACUUCCUCUGAAAAAAAAAAAAAAACCUCAUAGCUACCCUGUACAGAAUUUCCUUGUACUAUAUUUUAGACACACUUCCCCUUCAACUUACGAAUGUAUAUUAUACAAUAUAUAUAUAUAUAUAUAUGUGCAAAUCCAACUAGAAUAUUUGGCAUUGUCCAUAUGGGAAAAAAAAAGAAAAACUCUAGUAUAAACGCAAGUCUUCCUCUCUAACAUAUGUGACUAUAACGUGUCUGAAGAUGUUCUUUUCUGUUGACGUUUUCCUUAUCGUUUUUGAUUACGGGAAUGCAAUGAUGUUUUUGAAUGUGUUUUUUUUUUUUUUUUGUUCUUGACAAGAAGAAUUUCAAAACAAGUCCAGCAUUCAGCAGCUUUUGGCAUCACUGUGGAAAAUGUUUGCGCAAAUCGAACCUGGGAAAUACUGACAAGUUUUAAAAGCACAUCUACAAACUUUUACCCGCUGGAAAAAAAAACAAAAGAUAAUAUCAGAAAAUGCUCGGCGCACCACAUCAAGGUGUAGUUUCGACAUCUGCAAUACUUCGUGUUGUGCAGUAAUUGCGUUGCGUUUCAAGGCAGCCUUUGUGCAUUAAAGGGAAUAAAUGUAUUUUUUCUGUUCGUUUUAUUUUAUUUCAAUUUAGUUUAUUUUUACGAAGGAUGUGUGGUCAAAUCGGAUGGUUUUUAUUUUCUAUAUCUGAUUUCAGAACGAGACAGACAUUAUGAAAUGUCACUUAAAGACUGUACAUUUACACUAUUUAUAAAACUAAAGAUUAUCACCAUUAUGCAAUAGACUGUGAUAUGAAGAUUACCUAUAUGUGUGUUGUACAUAGUUUUGUAGAACUAGUAUUUACAAAAGUAAUGUGUGGUGCAUUUCUCAAACAUGGCAAUGUCUUAUCUCUGUCAGCCGCCUGGGUAAUGUCUAUAUAUAUAUAUAUAUAUAUAUAUACAAAUGGUAAUAUGUGACUGACAACAAACAUCAGAAACAAUCAUUAGAGAUAAGAAAACCUUAAUGCAAAUAGUAGCACUAUACUGUAGGUAGCACUAAAGACAAUAUA